CAGAGAGAGAGAAAGAGAGAGAGGAAGAGAAAAAGGCCUCACCAUCCUCUUCUGUAUAUUUAUGGAGGGUGUUUGCUGAAGGUCAACAUCUGCAGAUCUAACAUCACAUGUUGAAUCACAUUCUUCUUUAGUUGCAGGGAGCAGCUGUGUGUGUAAAGAAUAAAAAACUAUAUGAUGAAGCGUCACAGUUCCAGCAGUGGAGGAGGAUCCUCCGACCCAAAGUUAAAGCGUGCAGGAUCUCCAGAACCCAGCUGUGUGUCUAUAAAGAGUGACCGGUCCAUGCGUGACCCUCCUACAUUCAGAAGAGGAAGAGAAGAGCCCAGCCGUGUGUCUAUGAAGAGUGACCGGUCCAUGCGUGACCCUCCUACAUUCAGAAGAGGAAGAGAAGAGCCCAGCUGUGUGUCAAUGAAGAGUGACCGGUCUAUGCGUGACCCUCCCACAUUAAGAAGACAAAGAGAAGAGCCCAGCUGUGUGUCUAUGAAGAGAGACCGGUCCAUGUGUGACCCUCCUACAUUCAGAAGAGGAAGAGAAGAGCCCAGCUGUGUGUCAAUGAAGAGUGACCGGUCUAUGCGUGACCCUCCCACAUUAAGAAGACAAAGAGAAGAGCCCAGCUGUGUGUCAAUGAAGAGUGACCGGUGUAUGUGUGACCCUCCUACAUUCAGAAGAGGAAGGGAAGAGCCCAGCUGUGUGUCAAUGAAGAGUGACCGGUCUAUGCGUGACCCUCCCACAUUCAGAAGACAAAGAGAAGAGCCCAGCUGUGUGUCAAUGAAGAGUGACCGGUGUAUGUGUGACCCUCCUACAUUCAGAAGAGGAAGGGAAGAGCCCAGCUGUGUGUCAAUGAAGAGUGACCAGUCUAUGCGUGACCCUCCCACAUUCAGAAGAGGAAGAGAAGAACCCAGCUGUGUGUCUUUGAAGAGUGACCGGUCCAUGCGUGACCCUCCUAUGUUCAGCGGUGGAGAAGAACCCAGCUGUGUGUCUAUGAAGAGAGACCGGUCCAUGUGUGACCCUCCUACAUUCAGAAGAGAAAGAGAAGAGCCCAGCUGUGUGUCUAUGAAGAGUGACCGGUCCAUGCGUGACCCUCCCACAUUCAGAAGAGAAAGAGAAGAGCCCAGCUGUGUGUCUAUGAAGAGUGCCUGGUCCAUGCGUGACCCUCCUACAUUCAGAAGAGGAAGAGAAGAGCCCAGCUGUGUGUCUAUGAAGAGUGCCCGGUCCAUGUGUGACCCUCCUACAUUCAGAAGAGGAAGAGAAGAGCCCAGCUGUGUGUCUAUGAAGAGUGACCGGUCCAUGCGUGACCCUCCUACAUUCAGCAGAGGAGGAAGAGAACCCAACCAUGUGUCUGUGAAGUGUAAUGGUGUCAUUGACAACCAUCCUCAUCUCAGCAGUGGAGCUGCACCUUCUGGUCCAGGGCUGAACUCAACAGAAACAGCACUAGAAAUGGUGAGAACAGGACACCAGCAGCAGGAUUCUCACCUAGGCAGAGAUGAUGUCCUGCACAGAACCUUAGAAAGGCACAAAAUCAGCAUGAAGAACAAGUACGAAAGGUUAUUUGAGGGAAUCAAAACAGAAAAGAAUAAAACUCUCCUGAACAGGAUUUACACACAACUCUACAUCAUAGAGGGAGAGAGUGAAGGAGUGAAUGAAGAACAUGAGGUUCUACAGAUGGAGAAAACAUCCAGGAGAUGCUUACAAGACUCUCCAAUCAACUGCUCAGAUAUCUUUAAACCUCUAGAAGGUCCUCAAGGAGAAACAGAAAAAGACAACAUCACAGCUUGUGUGGCUGAAGGUCUCAGACACAAAGAAAGAAAAGAUAACAGACCAGAAGAGCCAGAGCUAAGAGCUGUUCUGACUAAAGGCAUCGCUGGAAUUGGAAAAACUGUCUCUGUGCAGAAGUUCAUUCUGGACUGGGCUGAAGGAAAAGCCAAUCAAGAUGUAGAUUUCAUGUUUGUGCUUCCGUUCCGGGAGCUGAACCUGAUUAAAGAUGAUCAAUACAGUCUUCAUGGACUUCUGUGUGACUUCCAUCCUGAGCUCAAAGAUCUGGACCCAGAGAUUUAUGAUCAGAUCAAAGCUGUGUUUAUAUUUGAUGGUCUGGAUGAAAGCAGAAUUCCACUGAACUUUGAACAGUGCGAGAAAGUAUCUGACAUCACCAUGACAUCAUCAGUGGGUGUGUUGAUGACAAACCUCAUCAAAGGAGAGCUGCUUCCCUCUGCUCUAAUCUGGAUAACCUCCCGACCAGCAGCAGCCAAUCAGAUCCCUCCUAAAUACAUCAACCGUGUGACAGAGAUUCAGGGGUUCAGUGACCCACAGAAGGAGGAGUACUUCAGGAAGAGGAUCAGUGAUGAAGACCAAGCCCAGAGAAUCAUCUCCCACAUUAAGACAGCGAGGAGCCUCCACAUCAUGUGCCACAUUCCAGUCUUCUGCUGGAUCUCAGCCACUGUUCUUCAGAGAAAUGAAACGGCAUCAUACGGAAACCCUAAAACUCUGACUGAAAUGUACUCACACUUCCUGAUCACUCAGAUAAACAUGAAGAAUGAUAAAUAUGAGAAACACAAUAAGAGAAACCCAAAGAACCUGCUGGAGUCCAACAGAACCAUUACCCUGAAACUGGCUGAACUGGCUUUCAAACAGCUGAUGAAGGGCAAUGUGAUGUUCUAUGAAGAGGACCUGAGAGAGAGCGGCAUUGAUGUCACUGAGGCCUCAGUGUAUUCUGGGAUUUUCACUGAGAUCUUUAGGGAGGAAUGUGUGCUUUACCAGAGGAAGGUCUACUGCUUUGUUCAUCUGAGCUUUCAGGAGUUCCUGGCUGCUGUUUAUGUGUUCCACUGCUAUAAAAAUAAGAAAAUGAAGGUACUGCACAUUUUUACAUCACUAAACAGAAAGUGGACUGUGAAUGUCCCAUUGGAUGAGGUUCUGAAGGGAGCAGUGGAAAAAGCUGUAGAGAGUCAGAAUGGACACCUGGAUCUUUUCCUUCGCUUCCUGCUGGGCAUCUCAUUGGAUUCCAAUCAGAGACUCCUGCAGGGUCUACUGACACCAACACAGAGCAGUUUAGAGAAAACCAGAAAGUACAUCAAAAGAUUAAUCAAAGGAGAACAGAAACAAUGUAAAAUCUCAACUGACAGAUCCAUUAAUCUGUUCCUCUGUCUGCCUGAAAUGAAUGACCAGUCUCUCUCCAGAGAGCUUCAGGAGUAUCUAAAAUCAGAGAGACACCCAGAGGAGAAGCUCUCUCCUGGACAGUGUUCCGCACUAGCCUGCAUGCUUCUGACUUCAGAAGAGCUUCUGGAUGAGCUGGACCUGAAGAAAUACAGCACUUCAGAGGAGGGUUAUAGGAGACUUGUCCCAGCUGUGUCUGUCUGCAAAAAAGCUGUACUAGCUGGCUGUAAUCUCAACAAGCAUUCAUAUGAAGCCAUCGGCUCUGCUUUACAAUCAGCAAACUCCUCUCUCAAAGAGCUGGACCUCAGUAACAAUAACCUGCAGAAUUCAGGAGUGGAGCUGCUCUCUGCUGGACUGAAGAAUCCACACUGUAAACUGGAGAUACUCAGACUAGCUCUCUGUAAACUUGGGGGGAAAGCUUGUGAAAGGCUGAGAUCAGGUAUACAAUCAGUAAACUCCUCCCUGAAAGAUUUGGACCUCAGUAACAAUGACCUGCAGGAUUCAGGAGUGGAGCUGCUCUCUGCUGGACUGAGGAGUUCACACUGCAAACUGGAGAUACUCAGAUUGUCUGGUUGUAUGGUUACAGGUGAGGGCUGUGCUGCUCUGGCUUCAGCUCUGAAAUCAAACCCCUCCCACCUGAGAGAACUGGAUCUGACCUAUAAUAACCCAGGAGAGUCUGGAGUGAAGCUGCUUUCUGAUCUAGUGGAGGAUCCACACUGUGCACUGGAGAAAGUACAGGUGGAUCAUGGGGGGAAGAUCAGGAUCAAACCAGGACUAAAUAAAUAUGUGUGUGAUCUCACUCUGGAUCCAAACACAAUGAACAGAAAUCUCUCUCUGUCUGAGAGGAAAAGAAAGGUGGAGUUUGUAGGAGAAGAUCAGCAUCAUCCAGAUCAUCCAGACAGAUUUGAACGCUAUGCUCAAGUUCUGAGUGUGGAGAGUCUGACUGGACGCUGUUACUGGGAGGUUCAGUGGAGCGGACAUGGAGCUGAUAUAUCAGUAUCAUACAGAGGAAUCAGUAGGGGAAGAGGCAUUGACAGUAUGUUUGGAAAUAAUAAACAGUCCUGGACUCUGAUCUACUUUAAUAACAGAUACUCUGUCAGUCACAGUAAACAGAAAACUGACCUACCUGCCCACCUAUCUCCCUCUAAGAGAGUAGGGGUGUAUCUGGACUUGGCAUCCAGCACUCUGUCCUUCUACACCAUCUCCCCUGACACACACAUACUGACCCACCUACACACAUUCACCCCCACAUUCACUGAACCGAUCUACGCUGGGUUUAGGAUUAAUUCUGGCUCAUUAUUUCUGUGUUAGAAUAACCUCUACGCACUCUGGGUUCUGCAGUAGUG